AGAAUCAUUCUUCGUCUCAGUGAGUGUGUGCGAGUCAGACGAGUAUCACAUUCAGGCGCGGGAAAUCCUGUCUGAAGCUUGUAUUAUCAUGUGCCUGGCAGUGACGCGUUUGUAACGAGUCAGGACUUCUCGACCAAUAUCCUCCCCUCGCCAGUCUGUCCAACACUUGCCUUGUACUCCUCUCUUUAACAAGAACUAUUGUACUUACAGCUCUCUACGAUAUACGAUAUACUACAAGCCAAACAGGUUACCGUGAUGGACCAGCAUCUGUACACCACCAAGGGCUCGCCAGGCACCGUCCUCUGGCGCCCGCGAAAAGGCAGCAGCGUCGUCUUGAAUCCAACGGACUACUGCCCCUUUAGUCAAGUGGUCCGCACCGUCCACCUCAACGAUGCUCUCGACAUCUGCGUGAAGCACUCCAUGGAGCCGAAGCCCAUCGUGUCGCUCAGCAGCCUGAGGCGCGACGUGCUGCCUUCAUAUCACCCUUGUAAAAGACUUAACGUCCUCUGGUUCGGUGCAAAAGAGAAUGACAACGAUGAAGACGAACAUGACUGGUAUGGCAAUGUGGAAUUCGCCAUUUCAGUAGAUACCAUGAUGCAGCGCUGGAAGAACUACUACCUAGUUGAGAUGAUGACGGCACCGACUCACUCCAUCACACGCAUCCUAGUCACUAACUCUGACUUUUCUUCCGUCUUCCCCGUGUAUGAUCCUCGCACACACGGUGGGGCGUGGUAUCUCACGACCGACGGUCAACACGAAAAAUUGACUGACUGUCGGCGGUACAAUGGUGAAGGCUAUAAUGGAAAUGGCCACAGCCUUGAAUUUAUGAUUGAAGUAACACUCACCGGAAUGAAGAAGAUAUUAUUUGAGACUGAAAUCUCGUUCAGGAACCACGUAGAGGCAGCAUCGGAACGUCCACACGUCUGCCACAGGUUCAGAGGUCACCGCAAGUGCCUGACGCCUUUUACCAGAGCAUGGACCUCUCGAUGGUUCUUCAAGGAACACCACCGCCUGAGAGCUAAUGGACCCAUGGCCCAACCGAGACUGUCCCCGAGUGCUCUGGAAUUCCUGAAGUACUUCCUCACAAUGGAAGUCAUACCAAGAAAUAAUUUGCCUAUACCGGGUGCCCAGCCUGGUCUUCCUCCAAGUAUCGCUCUUUGCCCUCCUCCUCUCAACGAGCAACACUUUCCUCCUCUCCCGCCUCCCCCUCAUUCCUUCCUCAUCAGCCAUUUCCUUCAGAAGCCCAUGGCCAAUGGAACCAUUCUCAACCUUCAAAUGGUUGGUCACCUUACUGAGAAAAUGAAGUCCAAGCUGGAUCCUGAGGAGGAGGAAGAGAGAGAGGAGAUAACGCUGAUUGCCACCCAACGGCCCCAUCCUAAAUUUCUUCCUGGCGGUCCUCCAGGUAUUUUCCCUCGACCUCCUGGUCCUCCUCCUGGAUUUUUUCACCUUCUGCCUCCAUUCGGCAAUCCCCUUUUUCACCUCCCUCCUCCACCCAGUUUUCACCCUCCUUCCUUCCAACACAGCUGGGCUCCGCUGCAGCCAAUCAAGUAUCGCAAACGAAAUUAAUAAUGCACUUGUAGUUUGAUGUUGUCCAACGCGCACACACACACACACACACACACACACACACACACACACACACACACACACACACACACACACACACACACACACACACACACACACACACACA